AUGGAAUCUGGCUGUCAGUACGAUGCACAGAACCCAGCUAAAACUAAUGUGCGUGGCAACCUGAGCCUGCUGUUUAGUUGUGUCUUGAUAUGGAAAACACAUGUCAGCGUCUUGCAGAGCAGUGAUUCGGGGUGGGAGGAUGAAGAAAAAGUCACUGCUGAAGAUGUCACCUGGGUGACCAGGCUGGUAGAUGAGGGUAAGGCAGUUGAUGUAGUCUACCUGGGCUACAGCAAGGCCUUUGACAGUCUCUCACAGUCAUCCUACUCCGUGCUGGUGAGGGUCCCCAGCGGGGUGGGCAGGGCUGGGGCAGCGAGUGCCCCCUGCUCGACACCAGGGCCCCUUGUCCUGACAGGCACGGGCAGACUGUGCCAGGGGAGCGAGCCCAGGGCCGGAGAGGGCAGAGCUCCUUCCUCUGCUCCCGCCUGCCUUUGGCCCCUCUAUAGCACUGCUCUCUCUCCUUGGUCAGAUGCUGAAUUGCUGCCUCUGUCUGAUGUGGAACAGGAGGCAGUGGAUUUCAUCCAAGCCAACAGCAUCAGCAAGGAAAUGGAUCUGGUGCAGAAGCUGCAGUUCCUCAACAGCAUUUGCAUACUGUGCAGCACCGCUGGACAGGAGGGCCUCACACUGAGCCAUGAUAUCUUCUGCUUGCUGAAAAAUCAGUGCAAGAAGAUUGAGGUUCUGUUGUGUGAGGAGCCCAUGGAGCAGCUGAGCACCGGCCUGAGAUACUGCUGCAUGAACACCAUUGCUGCCUUGAGGUACCUGCCCAGCCCCUGCUUUUGCCAGCACAUCCCCCGGGCACCAUCCUGGUGGCCCUGAUGCAGCUCCCCACUAAGUCUUGGCCCUCGCCCCAAAGCUGGUGACAUCAGGACUGUCCUCUGACCCAGAGCAGCCCCGUAGGGGAGGAGGCACCUCCUGGCAGGGCUCCCCAUCCCUCUCAGGGAGCCUUGCCCAGGGGAGGACCUGUUCCACCCCUGCCUCAGCAUCAAGGAACUGCUCCUAGCAUC